UCACCUCCUCAUCACCUACGACAGCACCCAGCUCAUCAGAGGGCUCGUCGUCCAUACUCAUGUCUCUCAGACCUGGAAAGCAGAGCACUCUGCAGGCAGAAGACGCCUCGCAGGUAGCAGCAACAGCAAGCACAUCUCGCGCCGAAGAUCCUCUCGCGGAGCUGGCAGGACCCCUACCAGCAAGGGAGGACCGUAUAUAUGUGGACAACUCGAGCUUACAAGAGCUGAAGGCGACGUGUGAUGAAGCAGUAGAGAGGAUUCUCACAAGACCUUCUGGUCACCUUGCUCCAGCCCCAUCAGCAUCAUCAGCAGUCCACUCGCCUCUUUCGUCCUCAGCGGAUCUGAGCGCCUCUGUCUCAUCUGCGAACGGACAUGCCGAUGCUUCCGACUUCCCGCCCUUUAAGGCGUCUCAUCUGCAUACAGAUCUACGGCUCGCCCUCGGCUUCUCAGCCUCCUUCAUCGUCAUUGGCGCUUGUCUCUGGGCAUACUUUGUCGAGAAGGACUGGCAAAAGAACAAAGGCUGGACGGGCGUUGCAGUCGCCUCUUACGUUGUGCUCUCCGCACUUCAAGCUCUCGACGCUUACCUUCAAGGGGACCGCAUCUUCACUGGAAAGCGCAAGAUGCUCUCAAAGCGCAUCGAGACUGAGGUCCUGACCAUUGCUAGCCCUUCUCUGCCCAAGCCCACGGUGGAGAAGACAAGCGAGGGUCAAAAGUGGAUCGUGCCCCCCAGGUAUUCGCUACAGGUCGAGUACACAAGGAGGAGUAAUGGAGGGAAGAGCCUGCUCAGGAGAGUGAAGCAGAGUGUGGAUAUGGGUCAUUUCGGCGAAUGGUUCACAGAAGAGGGCGAGUUCGUCGAGGCGAUCUUUGAGCAGAAGCUCAUUAGCGGGUUGGAGAGGUCGUGGGCUCUGGGAGAAGAGUAGGGGUGGACCAGGACGAUGGGCGAUGGACAAAUUAGAAUGUGGCAAGGAGGAGAGCCAUCGAUCCUUGCCAUCAAGAUACCAGCAUAAUGUCCGAGCAUCACUUGCUCACCGGCGCCCCUCUCAUGACUCCGCGCCCAUGUCCGCCAUUCACAAGCCUCCUCAUACUGUACUUUCUUUGUCAUCAAUCAUCGAUACACAUCAUGAG